CCAAGACUCCUAACGUGAUAAAAGGUGCCAAUAAUCUCUAUCUUGCUUUCCUACUGACUCCGAGUCCAAGUGUCCAACUAACUUCUCUAUUCCCUAUAAAAUCGUCAUCUUGAAUCUUCAAAGAUUCGUAUUUUUACAUCUUCAUUGAUUCCCAUCUCCAAUAUGCAUAUUUAUUUCUUUUUCUCAUCUGGAAAACCAUUACAAAAAUGCAUAUUAAUCAACAACAUAAGAUGAGGGACGAACAAGAAGAGUUGAGGACAUUGUCAACUCAGAAGAUGAUUAUGAACAUGCCAAGAAGGAGAAAGAAGAAGGGUCUUCAGUGGAGAAGGUUUUUGAGAACAAAGCCGGUUCCUUAAUGGAAGAGACAGUUGACAAUGAGAGCCUUUGUUGAGAGCUUCGUGUUGAGUAUGCUUUUCAGCUUCAUAGCAAUGAAGUUGAAUCUCACUACUGGUUUUGUUCUUUCUCUCAAUGUCUCUGCUCGCCUUCUGGGGUUCUUCUUUGUCAAAACUGGGACUAAAUUUCUUGAAAAAUUCAGCUUUUUAAAGCAACCCUUUACCGGGCAAGAGAACACAGUCAUUCAAACCUGUGCUGUGGCCUCUUCAAGCAUAGCCGUCAGUGGUAAUGUUAAUUUUCAGCCUCUUUCUUUCUACUUUACUUAAAGUUUCAAUUUUUACAUGGUUGUUUAAAUAAUUUAUGGCUAGUUUGAUUUUACUGGAAGAUUUGGUUGCAAAAGACUUAAUUGUGUAUAAGUUAAUUCCAAAUUAUGCCAGUUAUUCCAAGUCAAUUUCUGGGGUUCAAAGCUUAUAGAUUAGGUGGACUACCAGUUUGAAUGUGGGCUUUAAAUAGUCUAAGACGGCAACUAUUGGAGCCACUCCACCAAAUUUUAUAGUGGAGCUAGGGGUGGAUCCGAUCCAAGCUGGUUUGGUUCGAAAUUGAUUCACGAAUUGGUCUAUUGCAUCCACCUAUGAAAAGCUUGCCAUCUUUACAAUUGGGGCUUGGGCAGAUUCUGAGCAUUUUGGUGUUCUUGCUAGCUUAGCAGCCGGUGGGAGUCAUGAUGAACAUUGUUUCAACUGCCUCUGAUCUUUCACAAGAUUUCAAAACUGGUUACUUGACUAUAGCAUCUCCAAGGGCCAUAUUUGUGAGCCAAAUUAUAGGCACUGCAAUCAUUUGCCCUUGUGUCUUAUGGCUUUUCUACACAUUUGAUGACCUUGGCCUUCCUGGAAGUGAAUAUGCUGCUCCCUUUGCUAUCGUCAACCGGAACAUGGCUAAAUUGAGCAUCGAAGGGUUCUCAGCGCUGCCAAAAGAUUGCCUUUUGCUUUGUUGUGUUUUCUUUGGAGCAGCCGUAGUGAUAAACCUGAUAAGGGAUCCGCACGUCAUUGCGUCGUACAUUCCUGUUCCAAUGGCUAUGGCUAUACCCUUUUACUUGGGACCAUACUUCAGCAUUGAGUGUGUUGGAAGCUUGAUUUUAUUCAUAUGGUCGAAGAUCGACAAUGUGAAAUUGGAUAAUUUUGGUCCAGCAAUGGCUUCCGGUUUGAUGGGUGGGGACGGGAUAUGGCCUUUGCCAAGUUCACUUCUUGCUCUAGAAGGCAUAAAGCCACCUAUUUGCAUGAAGUUCUUGUCAAGGAAAACUAAUUCCAGGGUUGAUAAGCUCUAAGGGUUGUCUUAAAAGUUCAGCUUUUGUUGUACUGUCAUGAAUGUCAAUGGCUGUGCUUGUUGGAGCAUCGUGGAUUUGAAUAAUUUGUUAGUACCUGUAUUUUCGAUUAAGUCUAUUUCUAUUUUGAAAGAUGUAAUGUAACAGAUAUGAAAAGAAUUGUUACAGCUGCCUUGAGUGGCAAUGACGGGAUUUCAUACACAGAGUGCGUGUAAGUUCAAAUCUCUCCCGGUGGCAUCUCAAGCGAGGUUUCUUGUUUAAAAAAAAUUGUUAUAGCUUGUAUGCAAUAUCCUUUUGAAAA